AUGACUAAAAAAUCGAAAAAAUUAACUUCUAAAAAUGAAUCUCAAUUGAGAAAAGAUUUAAAAAAAGAAUUUCUUCAUUUUUGUCAAACUACUACUAUACGUGGAGUAACAAGAGUUGUGACCGCUAGAAAUAAAACAUUACAAAUUUUAUGGAUUGCAUCAGUGAUUUUAUUUUUUGGUGGUUUAUUUGUUUGUAUGUUUAUAUUAACACGUCAAUAUUUGGAGUAUAAUGUAAUUCAUCCACCACAAGUAUUACGUGAUACACCAUCACCAUUUCCAUCAUUAACAUUAUGUAAUCUAAGACCAUUAUCUUCUGAAGCUAAUUCUAUAUUGAAUAAAUAUAAUUUAAAAUCACCUAGACAAUUUGCUAUAGAUGUGAAUAAUUUUGCAGCUAAAGCUUAUUAUUUCAGUAAUGAUAUACAUUCAUAUCAACAAGUUACUAGUGCUGUAUCAAUGGGUGGAUAUUUGGAAAGUUUACCUCAAAUUGUUGUACCAAAACUUGGACAUAAUUUAAGUCAUACAGUAAUUCAUUGUAUGGUGAUUCAUGCCGAAGGUAGUAAACGUGUUAUGAAUGAAUGUAUACAAGUUGGAAGAUGGCGUCGUUUUGUUCAUGCACAAUAUUUAAAUUGUUAUACAUAUGAUAUACAUGAAAUCUAUCGUAAUCAUGUACGUACCAUUGAAUUAUUUGUUUAUUUAGAUGAAUCAAUGAAUAUUACUUCAUGUUCUGACUGUUUUAGUUCAGAAAUUAAAUCACAAUUAAGUGGAGCUGUAGUUACUGUACAUAAUGCAGAAACGUAUCCAGAUAUAAAUCAGGAAGGAAUAAAUAUUCAACCGGGUAGUUUAACUGAGAUAAAAGUUAAAACUAUCAAACAUACACAAAAAACACCGCCGUAUGGACGUUGUUCACCUGAUACUCCAACGAAAAUUCAUCUUUACGGUUCAGAAGUAUAUGCAUACUCAGAACAUGCAUGUCGAAUGAGUACUAUACAAAAUACAUCAUCAUCAUCAUUUUAUAUAACACAGUUUGUGAUAUGUCAUCCUUAUACAUUUGCAUACAAUGCAUUGGAUACUUAA